CGCGCGUGCGUGCGUGCGAAGCCCCGGGCUCCGCCAUUUGCGCCGCGCGCUGGGGGGCUUGUGUUCGGCUCGGCGCGGUGUUGUGUCGGUGCAGUGUCGGUGCUCUGUGCGGCGCGGCCAUGACGGGGCGCCGUGCUGCCGGGGCCAGCUCGUCCCGGCGCGCGUGAACACAGCGUCUCUCGCCCGCUGCGGGGAGAAGAUCCACACACACACGCCGGCCCGUAGCGCGAUCAUAAGGUGUGACCGCGGUGAUGCCGCCAGAAGCCCUGUGAUAUGGUCACCAUGAGCUCUGAGCGGUCCUCCGGCCGGCGCAAGGCGGACACCAGCAAUGGCGGCCAGGCGGGGGCGGGGGCGGGGGCGGGGGCGGGGCCGUCCCACCCCUCCCAGGCUCCGCCCAGCACGGAGGACACCCCCAACCACCUCGUCUACAAGAAGAUGGAACAGAUCAUCGAGAAAAUGCAAGAUGAAACAUCAGGUGUGCCUGUGAAGACUGUGAAAAGCUUCAUGUCGAAAAUCCCGUCUGUCUUCACAGGAGCUGACCUCAUUGCCUGGAUGAUGAAAAACUUAGACGUUGAGGAUCAAGGUAACAAUACGGAGGCACUGCACUUGGCACACCUGAUGGCGGCCCACGGUUACUUCUUCCCCAUUGACGACCACAUGCUGACCGUGAAGAACGACAACACUUUCUACAGGUUCCAGACUCCGUAUUUCUGGCCUUCGAACUGCUGGGAACCGGAGAAUACAGACUACGCGGUGUACCUCUGCAAGCGCACGAUGCAGAACAAGACGCGACUGGAGCUGGCCGACUACGAGGCAGAGAACCUGGCUAGGCUGCAGAAGAUGUUCUCCCGCAAGUGGGAGUUCAUCUUCAUGCAGGCGGAGGCACAGAGUAAAGUGGACAAGAAGCGCGACAAGCUGGAACGCAAGGUGCUGGACAGCCAGGAGCGUGCCUUUUGGGAUGUGCACCGGCCCAUGCCCGGGUGCGUGAACACCACGGAGCUGGACAUCAAGAAGGCGUGCCGCAUGAACAAGCCGACCCGCCUGGGCGGAGGGGGCCGGCCGCUGCAGCUGGGGCAGUCCGCCUCGCAGGGGGAGCUCGUCACGCCCGUCGACACCAUCCGCAAGCACAUCGCCAUGCUGAGCCAGCGCCUCGACCGCCGCAACUUCAAGGUCUCCAAGGUCGCCGAGUCGUACAUUGCGUACUUCGAGCAGUACGUGGAGUAUGAUUACUUCUUCACAGCGCCGGAGAUGGCUAACCCAUGGGUUGCAGACAACCCGGAGUUCUGGGAGCUAGAGAGGAAUGCGAAGGAGAUCCCAGCGCGCCGUGUCAAGCGCUGGGCGUUCAGCCUGCAAGAGCUGCUGCAGGACCCCGUGGGGCGAGAGCACUUCAUCCGCUUCCUCGACAAGGAGUUCAGCGGCGAGAACCUCAAGUUCUGGGAGGCGGUGCAGGAGCUGAAGGCCUUGCCCCAGAAGGACGUGUGGCACCGCGCGGACGAGAUAUGGGCAGAGUUCCUGGCUCCGGACGCCAGCUGCCCCAUCAACGUUGACUCCCACUCCUACGAGAUCACCAAGCGCAACAUGGACAGUCCGGACCGCUGGAGCUUUGACGUUGCUGCGGCUCACGUGUACCAUUUAAUGAAGAGCGACAGCUACUCCAGGUACCUGCGCUCAGAAAUGUAUAAAGAUUUCCUCAACGGGUCGAAGAAAAAGACAUCGGUGAAGGGAAUUCGAUCCAUCGUGUCCUUCUCUGCCCGCAAAGAGACGGCCACGUCCUAGUCAAACCAGUGUGUCAACGACAGACUCUUCCGGGGGGCAGCACAUGCCUGGACAAACAAACUUCAGACUUCACGAGAGCUUAUUUAUAAUUCUACCUUUUCGUCGUAUCGUAGCAGGAAGGAGAAGUAUCUCCGAGUCGGGCCCCACCGGCCACCAAAUGGCCGCAUCGUGCCGUGUAACUGUGUGUCUCCCGCCCUUUUCAAGUAGGAGUCUCUCCCCACCUUUUCCUCAUUGCUGUCGGCCAUGCCACCUGGCCUCUCGCUUCUGCUGAUGAGUUCUCGAGAGCAUCCUGCGCGUCAAGAGGUUGAACAACAGGUUAAACCUCCGGAUGUCUCCGCUAGAAAGUAAUCAUCUCAUAAAGAUGAGACUUUAAAAUUUCAAAGACAACUCAUACUAGGUAAAAAUAAGAUUUCUACUUCUCAUGUGGGUUGUCAACUUCUCUUAAACAUUCAAGACAAAAUGUAAUGUUGCAAAUAACACAUGCAGCCUGGAUGUCAGAUGUAAAUACAUUUCCUUAAAUAGUUUUCAUUAAGAGCAUUCAGGAAUAAAAAUUGUUACCUACUACAAUGCAAGCAACCUUUAAUUAUAUGUGUGUUGCAUUAGCAACCAACCAGUUAACUGCAUUUACUGUAGUUUGUUGUUAUGCAAAAUCAUGUCUGUUGUGCUACAUCUACCAUUCAGGACAAUCAAAUAGAAAUAUUUAUCUUGUAGGAAUCUUGGUUACUCUGUCCACCCUGUGUUUAGUUCAGAACUUGACAUGAUACUGUACUUAAUAUUGUGUGAAAUAAGGGAACUGAGGGUAUGACUGAUAUAUAUUUUAACUGUCAUAUAAGGAAUACCGUGUUCAAGUAUUUUUUAAAACUUUAAGAUAGCUAUAUUUAUUAUUUUUUAAAUUGUUUUUUUAUACAUUUUCAUUAUUAAUUUUCUUAAGUGCAUUUAGUGUAGCUUCUUAUAACUGAGACUGAAACCUUAUUGCUUAAUAGAAUUUAUUUUAUAUUUAAAAUUGUUAUUUUUAAUUUAUAAAACAAGAACAAGACGUAGGGUUCCUGGAGGACUGCCAAUGUAUUCCAGCCUACGUGACUAUCAGCGAGCACCACCAACAAACACCAAAACUGCUAGAACAGCUGAAACAAGUAGCCAGGUGUCUUGAGCCAGUUUUUAAAUUAGAAUAUAUGUGGUUUCAGAACUUUAAGAUAUGUACAUCAUGUGUGCACAUGGGUGAGAUGUAGUGUGUAGAAGUUGUUACCCGAAUGUGUUAGGGAAAUGCUCAAUAGUUUAUCACAUUGAUUUUUUGUUUCCUCUGCCAUCCAGCGAUGUAACACUGUUCGACACUCAUCUCAGAGCAUGGUGGAGUUGUAACCACAGCUAUAACAUGAAAUGUUUGCAAACAUUGAAUGUUUGUCAAAGGAACAGACUGGAUAGUGUGAUCUAAUCAGUACGUACUUGAGCAAGAAACUGCUAUAGUUAACUUAGUCAAUGCCAUUACUAUCAUGUCAGAACACAAUUUAAGGCAAUGCUGUAGUACUUAGUCUGCAUUGACCGAGUGAGCUGUAACUUCAAUUCUUAGUUUACAUCAUGGUUUUUAUAAAUUAAGAGUUGUAAAAUCAAAAAAUAAUGAAAAAUUUCUAUCUGAUUUUAACUUUUACAUCGGUUGUAUUAAUUUGUUUUGUUUUAAUGAUUUCACUUGGAGUGGAAUAGAUCAGGAUUAUGUUUGACGAAUUAAGUCAAAACAGUCUUUCUCCUCACAUGGUAAUCUGAAUAGAACUGGUAAAUGUCUGGAUCUGAAAAUUGUACCGAAAGCUGCUUAUAAGUAGGGGCAUGGAUUUUUCAUGAAAUAAUCGGAUCACUCAUUAGACUGCAAUAAAUUAUGCCCGCGCUAGCGAUUGUUCCCUUGUAAUUGGUGGCCAUAUGCAAGAGAAGGCACACCUAUUUGGCCGGGCCAUUCGGGACAUUUUUGCUUCCACACAGGAUGGCUAUGAUUGGGUGCUGGUACUAGACAUGUUCUUGAAACAAACCCAGUCAACCACAAAACACAGAAAAUGCUACAAAGUUUUAACACACAGCUGGGGCCCUAUUCUUGAUGCUAUCGGAAUAAUUACGCUGGCGGAACUCAAGGUUCAUUCCGACAGACAGCUAAAUGUAUAUUCUUGUAACUGCAAUAGCGGCUAUCGGAAUCAACAUUGUCACGUGAUGAAAAGUCUCUAUGGAAGUGGGGCAACGUUGCUUUUAGUGUUGACGUCACUGGUAGAAGUCCAAUCACAAUAAGGAAAGCAGCAUUUCUCAUGAAAGUGUGUUAUUUUUCCAUUCUAUUUAUCUCUAUAAUUUCUUUUACUGUUUACAACCCAAUUUUCUCGGUUAUUUAUUUCUGUCUCUUUUGAUGAAUGUGGAAGUAAUCUGUAUGAAUAUAUAAAUAAUAAUUAAAAAUGAGUUGUAAAGUUAUGCCCAAGAAAGAAAAAAUUCUGACUUUUAUGAAAAAAAUCUGUUUUAAGCAGGGAAAAAUACUAUUGUGUUAUGCAAAUGUCACUUUAUUACUUGUGGGCAAAAGUACAAACAAAUAUUUACAAAAAUGUUUACAGAUUCAUGUUUAUUUAGCAGUUAAAAAAUUCUUAUCACUUAAAAAGAUGCCUUUUUUAGUCUAUAGUUUCUGCUAAAUUGGAUCCAACUCGUGUCAUAUUUUUGUAUACCUAUACUUUGAGGUGAAAAUAAAUUUUAUGCACUGUUUCUUGGUGCAAUGAAUCAUUUAUGAAUGUGUACGUUAAAAUUUUUAAAAUCACUGCAAAUCAUUACAAAAUGUUCACUUUUAUGGACAGCUAUUUGGCACUUAUUUUGGGGAGAAUUUUUUUAAUGUUUGGAGUAGAGGCUUCUUAGAAACAAUCUAUGUAAUUAUCAGAAAAUCUUUCAUCGACUAUAUUUUCUGUCGUUAUUUAUUUAAUAAUACUUGUGUGGGUUUUUAUUGGAGUAUUUUUUCAACUAUAUUUUCCACAUGUGUGUACCUGCAUGGUAGGUAUACUGGCUAAGUCUGCAAGAUAGGAAGGGGAUAAAAGGAUAAACUUUAUUUUCACAAUCAAUUGUAACUGAGCGAAAUUCAUUUAUAAAUGGACUCAUUCUGACUGCAUGUAAAUUCCUGAAUAGAUGUACUUUUUACGAAUAAAAUGAGCAUAGCCUUUAUUAGGUUACCACUCUAGUUCUGAUCCAAUCAAAACGUGACACAUUUUUUUAGUAUUUAGUGUAAAAGACGAAUUACGUUAUACGGAAACUAUGUAAUAGUACUCAUGAACUAAUGUGGGGGGAACUGGGUUCGUAAGGGAUAGUACAAUUAAGUUUUAUUACAGUUUAUUAAUUACUAAUGUGCACAUUACUAAUAAAUAAUUGUACUUAAAAAUGUCCAAUCACAAAUUACUGGCACUUAAAAAUGUUUAUUCGCAAGUUAGUCAAUGUCUGUCCAGUUCUACAGUUCGCACUCCUCACUGGAGCUAAGCUCAACAGUGGUUCGCCCCUUACCUCACGCCUGUCCACACAACACAGUCUCGCGCCACUCAGCCGCACUCUUGCUCCCAUCGCUCUGUGUCGCGCCACUCUCGAGGGGGUCUCUCACCCUCUUCGCUGAUGUUGCACUUCCCUUCACUCGUGGAACUCUCCAAACUUCCGGAACUGUCGUGGGACUCCCGCAGAGGCCGGCGUCUCUGCUUAAGUACCUGUGGCGCUAUUUUUGAACCGAUGAGAGCGGCUGUGACAAGUCGCGCUAUCCCGGGCCGACCCAAUGCCUGUGAAGUCCAGAAAGACUGUGCUUAUUCAUGCCACUCCACUCGACAGCCCGUGGAAUUCCCAAGAUCGCUCAGCGAUAGAUAGUACCAAGGAAGGAUGACACAGAGGAAGAGGAGUAGGGGUGGUCAGGUCCAGUCGCGCUAAUGUGCACAUGUCAGUGGCCAUGUGAGACACCCGGGCCAGACUACCGCUGGAGGGCCCGCUCAAGUAUGUGGCUUGCGUCACGGCUCAGAUUCCCAGUUCGUAACAGUACUUACCACAAAACAUAACAAAUACGUAUCAUAUUUUUACACAGCAAAAAUUUCCAUAUUUUUCAUGUACAGUAGGUAAAAUGUUAAGUAUGCAAUAAAAAAUUUAAAUAUACCUUUCGUGACCUAAUAUUAAAGAAACUGACAUUGCCAAUCACAGAAACUAUAAUAUUCUUAGACUUUAAAUUGUACUUCAAUUACAAACUAUUACUCACGAACACACAAAUUUUUUAAGGUUGAAAUGGCAGUCGUGUUACAAUUUUUAAAUACAGUAAAUUGGAAAUAUUCUUAAACCCAUCGCAUAUGAGUUUAUAUAAAGAAUGUUUUGGUUUCCUUUGGGAAUAAAUUAAAUUUCAAUCAAAUAAUCAACAGCUCUGUAAUGGGCCUACCUACAGUAUCACGUCACAUAUUUUUAUCCGAAUAUACAUAACAUAAUAUAACAAGGUGGAUAAGUUAUUGGUGGUUUUAAAUGUAGCUGACCUAACUUAACCAACCAUCCACAAAAUUUUAAAAUAUUUCAGAACCACAACAAAGCCUCCAUUAUGAACAAAUAAAAGUUCCUAAAAACAGCAAACUCUCAAAUCUCUAUCGGAAUUGUGAUUUCACCAGCAAAGGAGGUGGUGGAACAAUUCCGACAGUUUUGUGACGUAAUUCCGAUACGUAAUUCCGCUAGCGAGUGUUCAAGAAUAGGGUUUAGCAAAUCUCCGUCUGAAUUAAGCAAUUCCGUUAGCGGAAUUAUUCUGACAGCACCAAGAAUAGUGCCUCUGGUCUGGAAAUAUUUUUGCGAAAAGUACAAGGUCCUACUUAUAAGUGAAUUGGCCCAUCUGUAGAGCAUAUUUUUCUUUAUAUAUAUGACUAUAACCAGUUUCAAAAAUCUUAAAUCAGAUUUUCAAUUUGAACUUUACAAAUACUUGAUGAUAAUGCUAUGCUGUAGUUAAGAGUACUGUAGUAUGGCCUUUCAUAUUAAAAUAAAAGUGAAAUGUAUUUUUGAAGUCCUCAGGCUGAGUCUUUGUAUUACGGCACUCUCACAAGUUCCAGUGAUGUGUCACUUCACUGGAUGAUCUGUUGCAUUUACAAAUGUGAUGUUUGCACGUUAAUUCAGAAUAGUUUAGAUGAGGAGGGUGUCGUAUCAAAAGUGUGCAUGUAAUGUACAAAAAUAGGUAUCACAAGAGAUUACAUGAUGCAGCCACUGUACCAACAAAAAUAUAUAUGUAUAGUGCAAAUUUCAGUUUAAGUUAGCUCAGGUUGGUUAUGUCAGUGUGAAUUGUUUUGUUGCUAUUAUUAAUGCCAUCAUCACUGUUAGUAACUGUCUUGUCAUUGUCAACUGCAAAUAAAAUAUUAUGUUUAACUAGAUUAAAUUGAUACAAUUUCUACAUGUAUUUAGUUUGCCUUAUGUUUUAUUAUUCCUCGGAUGAUCAACUUUAUUCCAUCUGAGUCAGCAUGGCUAGUGCACACAGUACAAUACACACAGUGACACUUCCUGAUGGUUGUCACAUAAAAUCUAUUGCCUAAAAUAAUAUUGUUUUGCAUGCAGAACAAGAAAUACAUAAAAACAUAAAUAACUAGCUAACUGAGGUACAAUAAGGAGAUGGUUUUGCUUCAGUCAUUUCAGGCUUUGUUUGAAAGUCCAUGAAGUUUCAUGCAAGUAAUGAAGUACCUUAGUCAUGCUCUCUAUAACAACAAAUUCAUCACUACAAGUCUAGCAUCUCCUGCCUCCCCCCUCCACCACAAUUCCCUUAUAUUUAGCCCUAAAAUAUAAGUCCAGGAUGUAUGUGUACGAUGUCAUUAAUAUAUGCACCAGAACAUCCCCAAACAUACAAUAAAUGAUGGAACCUUUUUUCCACCUUCAUAGAUUUUUAACUGUCCUGCAUUUUGUGCGAUUUUUUCAAGGACAGUCAGAAGUGUAAAACUGGAGUUUCACUGUACUGCAACAAUAAAGUUUUUUGCACAUCACGUAAAUUUUCUUUCAAAACAAAGUUUAUUGAAGCUAAAUGGUGAAGAACAAACCCCACAGACAAAAUAUAUAUAUUUUUUUAAGUCAACGGCAAGCCAAUGUUUUGCUAUUACGCAAGUGUGUAUUUGUAGGUACAAUGUUGGCACGACUGUUUCUAUUACAGUGAUGAUGGCAAAGUGCCAUAUUAUCCAAAUGUACUUUAGUUACUUAGCAUUUGUGUUCAAGUAUGGACUGUGUGAAUGUACGUAACAGGAUUCUUUACCAAGGAACUUUAGUGAUCGGAAACCAAUUUCUUAAAGUUUACAAAAAAUUAUACAUGUAUCUGCUGUACCAAAGACUAUUUGAAGCAAUCUUAAUAAAAUAUUUUGAUCAAUUUGUAAAAAAAAAUGAAAGUACUCCAUGUAUACAUGUAACAAACAAUUUUCCUGGUUACAAUGCUUUAUAAGUAAAAAAAAUAAAGUAGGGUUAUUUUAUUGUU